AUGCUAGACUCUCCAAUACAGAGCAGCCUGCCCAUCAACAAUGGGUCACGCCCGGACAAUCCUACGGUCAAUAACCUGGGAAUGGGAAAUACACCCGAAAUCUCCCAUGCGCUGGCAGAACAGCUCGAUAUUUCUGACAGUUCUGAUGAUCCCGAGAGCUAUGGCGAGGAAUAUGGCGACGAGGACUCCUCUUUAGAAGAUGACUCCGAUGAACUCCGAGUUACGAUGCAAGGGCUUGCCAUUUCAUCCCUGCCCACUGGCCUGUGUUAUGAUGAGAGAAUGAGGUAUCAUUCAGAAGUUUCGGCGACUACUGGCGAGAAUGUUCAUCCCGAGGAUCCCCGUCGGAUCUAUUACAUCUACCGAGAGCUCUGUCAGGCGGGUCUGGUCGAUACUGGCGAUAAAGCAGAUCUAAUCGUCGAUCAACCAUUGAGAAGGAUCCCAGCACGCGAGGCCACUAGAGCCGAGGUGGAACUUGUGCAUACUGCGCCAUUCCACUGGGACUUUGUCAAAGCCACGGCGGAUAUGAACGACGAACAACUAAUUGAUCUUUCAGAGGAUAUUCAUAUGGACUCUAUCUACUUCAACUCAUUGUCCUUUUUCUCGGCGAAACUAUCCGCUGGAGGCGCCGUUGAGACAUGCAAGGCCGUUUUCGAGCAGAAAACUGUCAAAAACGCCAUUGCCGUUAUCAGACCACCUGGUCACCACGCUGAAGUCAAUGCGACCAUGGGUUUCUGCCUCUUCAACAAUGUUUGUAUUGCCUCACGAGUCUGUCAGGAAGACUUUGGUGAGAGUUGUCGGAAAAUCCUCAUCCUGGAUUGGGACGUUCACCAUGGCAAUGGCUGCCAAAAGGCUUUCUAUGACAACGCCAACAUCCUCUACAUCUCGUUACACGUCCAUAUGGAUGGCAAAUUCUACCCUUCAACACAAGAUGGCGCAAUGGAUAAGGUUGGUACAGGUUAUGGUGUUGGCAAGAAUGUGAACAUCCCUUGGCCUACCAAGGGCAUGGGAGAUGGUGACUACAUGUAUGCAUUUCAGCAUCUGGUCAUGCCCAUAGCAACAGAGUUCAAUCCAGACCUCGUUAUUGUGGCUGCCGGCUUUGACGCCGCAGCGGGCGAUGAGCUUGGCGGGUGCUUUGUCACGCCCCCAUGCUAUGCCCAUAUGACACACAUGCUUAUGUCGUUGGCCAAUGGAAAGGUUGCUGUCUGUCUCGAAGGCGGCUACAAUUUUCAGGCUAUCUCGAAGUCUGCGCUUGCUGUGACUCGCACACUAAUGGGCGAGCCACCAGAUCGCUUAGAAGCCACUAGAGCAACAGACCGUGCAGUUGAGACUGUGGAGAAGGUGAGGCACAUCCAAUCAGCAUACUGGAACUGCCUGAAACCCAAGGAUCCGCAUUAUAUUGUCAUUGCAUCACCACUCCAUGAUAUCCUGAGGCAGGCACAAGCAAAGCAGUUGUACGAGAAAUUUGGUAUGACCAAGCUGCAGAUCUUUCGAUCUGGUAUCUCGUCAUCAUUUGAAGAGCAGGUUCUUGCUACGCCAGAGUAUAAUAAGCAAAGAGUGCUGCUCGUCAUCUUUCAUGACCCCCCCGACCUCUACACCCCGGGUGGCCGCACCACCAAUCUUAUCUCUCCGCAUACCGCCAGCAUUGUCGACGGGGUUGCGUCGUAUAUUCAAUGGGCACUUUCCCAGAACUAUGGUGUGAUCGACGUCAACAUCCCAGAAUACAUCACACCCGCAGGUGAAGACCCCGAAAAUCUCGAAGCGUCUGUCUCAUACGCCUCAUCCGAGACUGACGCUGCACGCCUUGAGGGGGAAAAGCUCAUCAACUAUCUCUACACCAACUACAUUGAGCCUGGUGAGAACGAGCGCGUUGUGCUAGUUGGCGUUGGCAACGCUUUCCACGCAAUUGCGAAGCUUCUUUCUGAAUCAGAAACACUUUACCAAAACAUUGCGGCGGUUAUUGGCUUCAUUAGCGUCAAUCCAGUACGGCCUGUUGGUAGUAAUGCCUGGAUUACCAGCUGGUACCGACAGAAUAGCCUCAUCUAUGUGGCAGAUUCACACAGUCUCUGGAAGAAAGCGCAAAAUGGGAAGAUUAGCAAAAGGUACGGCAACAUCAAGGAAACGAAGGGUAAUGCUGCCAACGACAUCAUGCAGAUCAACCAGAAGGAGGUAGAGUCCUUCAUUUUGACGAAGGUUGGUAUUAACGACGACGAGACUGAGGAUGAGGUGGACGAUAAGGGAAAUCUUGUCGUGGGGAGCUUUGGUACCUCAGGUGCCGAAGCUGAUAUGUUUCCAGGUGUGAAGAACGAAGAUGUCGUGAUGAGUUUGGAGGGGCGCUCAUUUUGA